GCUUGUCCUGUCAAAUAGUAGAUUUUGAUUUGUUUUAACUGUGAUAAUCCAUAGUGCAAAUAUUUUACAUAAUUUGUUUUUUUAAUUUUUUAUAUCAAAAUAUUUUUAUUAAAAUGUCUCAAGAAGCAGGCGAUAAAGUAGUGCCAUCGUCGGAAGAAAAUGAUUUAAAUGAACUGUUGGACACGGCAUUAGAAGAUUUUGAGAAAGUUGCCAAACCCGCGGAACAGCCAGCUAAAGAUGACAAAGAAAAACAAGAGCUACCUAUUGCAGGAAAUCCUGAAAUCACUCCAGAAAAUAUGUGGUCACAGGAAUUCAUAAAGAAAGCGGCUGAACAAUUUGAAAGUCACAUGGCUGAUAUUUUUGGAGCUGCAGGCGUAAGCCCUAUGUCUACUGAAGAAUUUGAUAACAGUAUCAAACAAAAAUUGGCAGAGGCAGCGGCAUUUACAAUGCAGCCAGAAAAUAUUGCAAAUAUGCCACCAGUAGACAGUGAAUUUGCACAUACUAUUGCUGAAACAUUGAAGGGUCUUAAUGCGGGUGCUGAAAAUUUGCAAAUGCCAUUUUCGCCUGAAGACUUAGUUUCUAUGUUUGGAACUUUGGGUACUGAGGAUGGGAUUGCAGACAAUGGCUUUAUACCAGUAAUGCAGACCAUGAUGCAGAGCUUACUCAGUCCGGAAGUUUUACUGCCUAGCAUGGAAGAUUUGAAGACGAAGUACCCUAAAUGGAUUGAAGAACAUAAAGACAGCACAUCAGCUGAAGAUUUAGAGAGGUAUCAAAAACAACUCGACCUAAUUAAUGAGGUAUGUGAAGAGCUUGUAAAAGAGCAACCAGAAGAUGCACCUGAAGUAAAGAAGGAAAGAUUUCUUAAAGUUUUCGAUCUCAUGCAAAAGAUGCAAGAAUUAGGUCACCCUCCUGUUGAAUUAGUAGGUGAUUUCAAUUUACCUCAAGAAUUCGAUCAAAGCCAAAUGUCUCAGACGAUGGACCCUUCUCAAUGUAGUAUUAUGUAGAACUCGAAAAACAUAUAUUUUUUUUUUAUAGAAUUUUAACUUUGUAAAGUAGACUUUUUUUUGUAAAUAUUUGCACAAUCACAAACCAAACUAUUUAUUGUUAAUUUC